UCUAGACUAUACAAUUGUUUUCACAUUUUCCUAUAAUAAAAGUCUAAUUAGGUGCACACGGAAGUUUUUCAAAACUGUUUUUAACGUUAUUUAUAUGUUUGGUGAUAAUGGCUGGAAAACAGUUGGUUAAAAUGGGCGUUGUACCAAAAACAAGCGUCAAUAUUUCAUCAGUCGUCAGACAAGCUUCGUGUAGUCGGGGCUGGCUGCGGAUAGUGGUCCAGUACUUCUUCGGCGCUAUCACGGUGGCCAGCUUCAUCAUGAUCGUCAUUAUAUCCAUGCAGACGCCCAGUGAGACUGCUGUCAGUUCGUCCAGCUGUACCUUGCAGACUUGCAGGAUCACAUGCAACAGCACCCCGACUUUGUAUGAAGAUGUUAUGUCUAUGGUUUCGGAAUCAGAAGCGUUUUGCCCAAGACUAUCCUUGGUCCUAAUGGAUCUAACUUUUGAAAAAUCAACAUUGCCUUCUCAAUGGUUCUCCGGUAUUAAAAGUUCCGUCAAUAGAUUGGCUAUUCUGAACGGAAACCUGAAAUACAUUUCAUCACAAGCAUUCAUGACUCUUUUUGCUGGCAACAUUGAAGCCAUUAUAUUUGAGGGCAUUACUUUAGAAAAUUGGAACACAGAGAGUCUUGUAGGACUUUCAAGUUUGCGCCAAUUGUUUAUAAAGAAUUGUGAUAUAAUCAAUGCACAAAAUUUUCUGAGGACUGUGCACGAUACCUUGGGUCUACUCAUUAUUAGUAAAUGUGGUAACUGGGAUCCAGCUAAUGUAUUCGGAUCAACUGAAAUGAUUGCACUAGAAACAGUUGAUUUAUCGUUUAACAUAUUUAAUAACAUACUAUCAAAUGUAUCCUUCACAAGUCUGACAAAUUGUAAGAUUUUGUAUUUAAAUUCUUGUAAUAUAACAUCACUAGGUCCAGGUACUUUUGACAGUUUACAUAAAAUUGAGGUAAUAUAUCUUAAUAAUAAUUUACUUGUAACCAUACCAACAGGACUAUUUAAUCCUAUGAUAAAUCGUAUCAAUCCCAAGCCAAGAAUAAAUUUACAGGAUAACCCAUGGUAUUGCGACUGUUUGUCGUAUGAUCUAAGAUCUUUAUACUAUAACGAUUUACUUUAUGUUGAUCCACUGUGUGAUACUCCUGAAGCACUUAAUGGUCAACCGUUUUCGGCAAUUUCUGAUUUUUGUACUGAUGGUGAGUUACACGCAGAUGUCGUUGUAGUAGAUCUUGUUCCAUUUCAGAAAUAUACCACUGCAAAUGUCUUCACGAGAUUUGAAAGCGAUUGUAAAAGUGAAAUUCCCUUUAACAGUAGUGGAGAAAUAUUUACUCCAAAUGAUUUGUAUAGCUGUGAAAAUUUCAGUUUAUCAUUAUCAACCAUAAACACACUAAUAGGCAUCACACGUGGAAAAGUUAUUCACGAUAUAUCGAAAAGCAACUGGAUAACUCCAACGUAUCUUAUGAGGCAUAAAGACUAUUCUAUGAUUCAAAUCAGCACAUUAUCGGCCAAUGAGAAUGGAAUAUUGUGGUUUAAAAAUUCAUGUCCCAAAGAAAUAUAUUGUAUGUCCUCAUUACCAAAGUUUUUGCGUAUUUAUGAUCACUAUAUUGGAUCUCUGUAUACCUUUUGUCCGAUAGAUUUACAACAUGGAUAUGUAAGAGUUGAUAAAUGCGUAGACUACAACUCGGUUACAAUAUCGUUAGAAACUAACACUCGAAUUAAUUUGUUUGGUAGUAUAGUCCUUUACAUAAGUACGGUCAUGUUAUGCCUAACGAUUGGAGCCAUUUUUGUGUAUGGGGUAAUUAGAUAUAAUCCAAUACUUUUGAAAGGUAGUAAAAGACUAUUGUUUGUGAAACACAAAAAUGUUGACGCCUUGGUUUUACCACCAAAAGUUCCAUUGAGAACGACAUUGUCUAGUGUAGAUCCUGAUCCGAUUUUUAAUAUGGCAACAAUUCAUUCACCAUUAGAAAAUGAGAAUAAUUUGUCACCAAGAAAUUUUGUGAGGAUGAAGUCUACGCGAAGUGACAUGAGCACUGUCAGUUAUAUUUCCGCCUUGCAGCCAACUGAAGAUCAGCUCGCCGAGUGGAGGAUUAAGAGGCAUUUCGAUAAUAACAUAACAAUGACAUCUGACUCGGAAAUGUCAAUAUUUUCUUAUACCACAGACGGAAAUAGUUCUGCUGAGUAUGUUAGCACAAGCAGUAUAAUUUACGAAAGUUUAAAAUGAAACCUGAAAUUGAGCCAAAAAAAUAUAAAUAGGUACUAGUAAUAUUCACAUAAUAGAAUGUCAUUAUACUUAGUUAUUUGUUAAAUGUUGUUAAUAAACAACAAAAACCAAUAUGU